AACGAUGAGCGCUUAGAAGUCACGCCAAGUGUCUACAGCGAGCCAAAAAGUGUAGAUAGUGAAGUGGGUGAAAAAGAACUAACGAAAUGGAGAUGAAAUGCAAGAAUUAAAAAAUAUUUUAAUUUUUUGUCAAUUUUUGUGGAGAUCAAAGUGAUCGUUGAAUGUGUUAAAGCAGUGUGUGAAGUGCAUAAAUAACUUAAAUUCCAAAGUGUUGAUUUUCGCAUGCGUUGAGCCCUCAAGAUGAGCAAGAAAAUGUGGAGUAAAAUUUUCAAAUCGUCCAAGACGUCAAAAGUUACCAAAUUGACCACAGCAACAGCUGCGGCGAAGGUAAAUAAACGCUGCAGCAUUUACGAAGAAUAUCAACAGCUGAACGGACAGCAGGGGGAUGGCAUGAAGAAGCAAAAAAAGCUGUCCAAAAGCGCCGAGCAAACGCAAACAAGCAAGCAGCAGCAGCAGCAGGAAGAUGUGGCGCAGCAGGAACAGCUGACGCAACCAAAAAAGUUGCAGCAACAUGACUAUGUUGCAAGCGUAACUAAUGCAAGCAUGCAUAUUGCAGAGACUACAGCAACAACCGAAGCAAAUCAUGUAAACAAAAACAGCGAAAUAGUGCAAAAGGCGGCCAACAGUGAUGAUGCGCCUGCCGCUUGCAGCAACAACAGUAAGACACCAGCAGUGACAGCGGCAGCAGGUGCCAAUGACCAGCUAAUUGCCAAUAAAAGCAACUCCGGCGGCACGGUCAGCAAGCAACAGUCUACAUUUGCCAAAGUUGUAAGUAGCUUCACGCUUAAACGCAGCAACAACAAUGCUGGCGCGCAAAAACAACAACAUAAUACCACAAAAGCAGCGCACAAACAAAAGGGAAACGGAAAUGUCAAUGCUGCGGGCAAAUUGCCAAAGAAUAAAAGCAGCACAAUUGCGAAUACAACAGAUCCAUAUCCGGAUGCACCAACCCAAUUGGUGCCUUGCCCCAUCUGUCACCGCACCUUCAAUCCCGUUACACUGCAAAAACAUGUGGGCAUAUGCGAGAAAAUGGCAACCAAGAAACGUAACGUUUUCGAUUCAUCGCGCCAGAGGCGUGAAGGCACCGAAUUGGCUAGCUAUCCGUUGCCGAAGAAUUUCGGCUUGCCGCCAGCGAAACAGGAGCUACGUGGACAAUCGCCAAAGCCACUGCAGCACAUUGCCUCACCCAUAUUGACGCGCAAAAAGUCAAGCGGCGGUGAUGAUUUGGUACGCAGCACAGCACGCGCUUCAAUGCGCAAAUUGGCCGCCAACGCCACUAACGCACAAAGUCAAUCACCCAACGCCGCGCCCACUAAUGCAGUCGGCGUCGCCAACCAGCAGCCAACAGCUAACAGUCAAAUGAUUACAUCGACCGCCUCGACAACUUCACUGCCCGGCGCUAGCAACUUUAGUCGCGAUCGUAUGCGCUCGUCGGAUCGUUCACUCGCCAAACGCAUACAACCACCGCCAGCCGAGCAGUGUCCACACUGCGAACGUUGUUUCGGUCCGAAGGCUUACGAUCGCCAUGUGGAGUGGUGUAAGGAGAAGGCGCUGCAGGCGUCCAUCAAGCAAACGUCGAAGAUCGAACAGAAUUUGGCCAAAGAGCGUCUGGAGGCGCGUACUAAAUAUCGCGCACCCUGUCUCAAAACAAAGCGUUCAAUCAAUCGUGAUAAAUACGCGGGAUUUGCUGGAGAUGAGAACGAAUUUGGCGAGAGCGUGAAACGGGACACGGCUUACAGUCAUAACAAUAGCAGCGCAAACAACAGUAACAGCAUUAAUAAUAACAGCAGCCUUCCUAACGGCAUCGGCAGUAAAGAAAAUAGCAACAAUAUCAAUAGUAGCGGCAAUACGAAUGCAAACGGCCUAAUGUCACUAUCGAUGACAUCAUCAAUAGCCAGUGAAAGUGGUCAACCGUCCGACAAAUAUGAUCCCUUCCUCUCGGCGAAACGUCAACUUGAUGAGCUUUGCUCAUCCUCACCGCCCACUAAUCCUUCCUUUCCCAACAACCUCCCGAAAUCUUCGCCACAAACUCCCUCAUCGCAAACCGGUUUGCCCGCAAAAAUGACUACUUCACUGACACUAAGCACUUCCACACCAAACUCUAGUCCAUUGACGACCAACUCACAAAAUCAACGCGUAGCAGCAACACCUUCGAUGACCAACAACAAGACCGCAUCGAACUUUCGUCGUACAUCCUCAUUGCGCGGUCCGCGCCGUUCGCCCAUGCUAUCGUCGCGUCCGCUGUUCGCACAAAAUCAUCGUCCAACCAUACAGCGUGGUCUCUCGGAUGAGGGUCCCAUCUCUACGAAUUUCUUGAAGCCCGAAGAAUACGAUGAGAUGCCUGUACGUUCGGUUUGCGUAAACGAUUAUGCCGUCACGAAAAGUCCGCGUGUCACACGACGUGAUAAUAGCCUCUCGAAUCGUAAACAAAGUCUGAAACUCAAUGCGUUGGGAGGCAACGCAACGACCACUGCAACAAACACACCAAAUAGCGCCGCAAUGAUGGGUGUGAAUAGCAGCGAUGAGCUUAUGAACUCGGCUGCGAAAUAUCUAUCGAAGACAGACUCACUUGCGGCUUUCCUCAAGUACGAGAAAGAGCUGGAGAAGCCUAAUGCGCAGGCCGCAGCAGAUGCUAACGCAAACGCCAGUUUGAAUAAGCCAAAGGAGCAAAACGUUGUCGCGAAUACGUCAGCCACGAAUCUCCACAACCCCAUCAUAACCAAGGAGUUGAAAGAAAAAAGCAACACUUUAAGUAAACAAAACUCCGCUAAGAGUAUUAAGACCGAACAUAACGAAACUUCGCAGCCGACUGUCGAGCGCAAGGAACAAGAACGCUCGUUGCAGCAUCUGCCAACGCCGGUACCAAAGACACCACUCUCGGCAGCUGACAAAUCGCCGUAUGAGCGCGCAGAUGCGUAUGCACAGAAGACACAGCCGCUACGUUUGGAGUCUAUAUCUUUGCCUCAGGCCACUUCCACACCGCUUGUGAAGCAAACUACUAACAGACCGCUUACACAGGCCACGCCAACACAAUUGCCUGCCGUGAAUCGGCAACUCAACUUGAAUGCGCUACUCAGCGACUCUAGACAACCGCCAACAUCUACGCUCUCCGCCUACAGCAAAGAGGUGAAGAGUUCUUCCAGCAAUGAAUACAUCGAUCCGAAGUUGAUAAAUAAAUGCGAUAAUCUGCCGGUGAGUCUGACUACGGUGCGCUCAUUGAAAUCCCUUGGCGGCGGUAGCAGUGGAGAACGGCAGCUGGAUUUCUCGUCUUCUUCUUCCGAGUGUUCGGCAGUACAAGGAGGAGGUCCAAUUUCUCAGCUUACCAAACUGUUGCCUCUUUCAAAGCCAGCCGAAACACAGCAGGCCACAGCAACCUCAGCUGUGGCGGCCAGUCCAGCGAUGGAAAUACCCAGCCGGCCUUCAACUACAGACGACACACAGUCGCAUGCUCAUCCCACACUCAGUCAACGAAGCUCCGCUGAGGGUAGAAACUUGUUGAAUCGAAAGAAACGCUUGGGACGCAAUCAUUUCUUGUACGAUGCCUCGCCCGAAGCCGAUGAUUCGUGUUCGGCUGAUGACGAGGCCAACCGUUCGUCGGUAGAGUAUUACGAGUCCAAAUAUCGUUCAAUGUAUCAGCAGCAACAGUUACAACAACAACAACAGCAACAACAACAACUGGUAAAACAACAACAGGCGGAACAACAACAACGCGCAGCGGCCGCCGCACCACUAAAGACGCCACCCGUCGUACCGCCCUUACCAAUCUUCGACGACUUUGACUUUGAGGAAUUUCUCUCGUCAUUCGAGAAUGACGAUGAGCAAUUUCCGCUGUUUAAGGACUGUAGGGAAUUUCUCUUGAAUCGCUCGUCGAAUAAGCAACGUUCGACGCAGACGCCGAAUUCAAUAAAUCUAAAUAAUAAUAACAACAACAACAACGAUAGCAACACUAAUGCAAACAAUCACACAACACAGACGAAAGACUACAACAAUUCCACACCACACUUUCAAUUCCCCAUGCUCGGCUCGAGCAAAUAUUCCCAACCCACGCUCCUAUUAACACCCUCUUCCCGCAGAUCCUACGAUGAGUCACGUCCGAAGAGCAAAGAAUCUUCACCAAUAUCCGAUCGAUACGAGGAACUGAAGCGCUUCAACAAAACCCAAAGUGGCGUUCAUGGCGGUGAUGUCGCAUUAACCACUCGGCGUCACGCUGAGCCCGAGCACAAGAAACGUGAAAUCUUUAUCAGUAUAGAGACGGAACCGAAUGAACAUGGUCGUUCGCCAAUAUCGCCCGAUUCGUUGCGCAGCAUGGUCGGCAACCCGCAGACAAUGGUCGAAGUUGAAGUCGACGGUUGCGACAAUAAAUUCAGCAAAAUAAGUGAUGACGAUGAACAGUUACCGCCCCGGCAUGGUGGCAAUUCAAGCCACAUCGGUGCAAGCAUUGGUGGUGGAGAUAUGCUUUUACAUUGCACGCCAUUCACGAGCGGCAAUCAUUUACCGAAUGUGCAGCUGAAUAAUGCCAAGAAUUUAAUACAAAGAAUGCAAGACGACUUUCGACAAAUGAGCGAGGAAGUCGGCGCCAAUAUUCGUCAAGCCAUGACUGGUCUGAAUGCAGUUGGUAACAACGGCUCAAUGUUGUAUGGCACCGAACCGCUUAGCAUGCCCGGUGGUAUGGGCGGUCGUGGUGGUACGUAUGUGCCACGGCAUGACAACGCCUCGCCUCCACCAACAGCAACAACAGUGGGGGGUGCAGUGGCACCGAUGUAUGCAGCAUCGGGCGAUGUCAGCUUUGAUGCGUGCGGCGACUCGGACGACAUGAGCAGCCUGGAUGGUUAUCCGAUAUCGUCAAAGUCGUCGCGACGUGGUGUUGGCUCUAAGUUAAGUGCUGACUCUGCGUACGGGAGCCUCUCACGCCAGAGAUCCUCCGAGCUGUCGACCACACCGCAUCGUAGCGCUGCACGCAGCCGACCCGCCACGAGCGCGGCCGCAGCACAGCUGCCCACUAUGCAGCAAAGUGAUUUGAUGUCACAGCAUGCACAACAACAAGACCAAAAACCAUAUCAUUACCAACAACAACAGCAGCAACAACACACACAACAACAGUUGGCACAACAACCAAUGCAACUGUAUAAAUAUGCGUCGGCAAAUGCGCGUCCACGUCGGGUGAGCGCCUCUUCGAGCAGUGAAAAUUCGGAUGGCAGCGAUUGCAAUAUUAAAUAUAAGCAACAACAACAGCAACAACAACAAACACAACAAUUGUAUGGUAACAAGAGUCUCAACAGCAAUAAUAAUAAUAACAACAGCAACAAUAGCUACAACAGCGUACAUUAUGCCGGUCACAACAAAAAUAAUAGCAGCAAUAAUAACAACAACCACUAUGAAAGUCCACUCAGCUCACCAACAACAAUAGAGAGAGCGACACGGAAUGCUACAGUUAGCGGCGCUGCAACAACAGCCGCCGCCUUAACAGCCGACAUAGAAGCAGCAGCGUCGUCGACGGCGGCAGCUGCGCCCACUACCGCAGCGAACAAAGGCCACUACAGUUCGAGCAGCUCGCUGUCGAGCACGAAUGCAGCGAUGAGUGCGAGUAUGAAAAUGUCGAAAUUCUGCCAUGAAUGUGGCGCUAGAUUUCUAGUCGAACAGGCUAAGUUUUGUAUGGAUUGUGGGGUUAAACGGAUCGUACUCUAAUUGCAUACAUAUAUAUAUAUAUAUAUGUAUAUAUAGAAAUGCAUAUAUAGAUUGUAGUAAUAGUUGUUGCCAAUGACACAUAUGUAUAUACCUAACAUACAUACAUAAUUUUAUUCAAAUAUUUCGCUUAGUCAAAAACACAAAAAAUAAAAAAAAAACUGUCGUAGGUAAAUAAAUAAUUAAUACAUAUUAUAUACAUACAUACACGCAUAACAAAAAGAAGCGCUGGAAAUGUGCAUAAAAGUCGCAAUAAAAAUAAAUUUUGCUACUAAAUAUACACAUAUAAACAUCCAUACAUACAUAUAUGAAAUUUAUACCAUAACUAUCUAAUCCAGCAUUACUUACAAACAUACAUACAUAUAUACAUACAUGCAUAAUGGGCAAAAAAGUAAACAAACACCGUAACACCUGCUUUGGCUUUACUCACACACUCACAUUAAGCAAGAGUCUUCAAAGAGUAAAUACCAAAAAAAAUACACACGAACAAACACCCAAAAGGAAAAAAUCGAAUUUCACUAGUAGAAGCAACAACUAACUUACGAAGUAAAUGCUACAACCAAAAAACCAUAUGUUUAUUAGAGAAAAAAAAAAAGUGCGGAAAACGCAAAAGCAAAAAAAAAAAUUGCUAAAUAUUUGUGCAGAAGUAACGUAGAACAUAGAAUGGAAAGCUUGAAAUAAAAAUUGUAGACAUUAAAAAUCAUUGAUAAUAUACAUUGAGCGCAUUUGCGCGCCUGUAAGUAUGCUAUAAAUAAGUAUAUGCAUACUUAGAAACUUUA